CGGUUUCACAUUCACUUUUCCUUUCGAAAUUCGCUCUGAUUCUGUCAGCAGAAUCGGCUCGCCCGAAGCCGCGCUCGCCCUAGUUUUCCUCCGAGCCAUGGCCACCUUGGACUCCGACGUGCCCAUGGUCCCAGUCGGCGAGCCUUCGAGCAGCGCGGGUCCUUCCUCCUCCUCCAACAAGAAGAACAAGCGCUUCGAGAUCAAGAAGUGGAACGCCGUCGCCCUCUGGGCCUGGGAUAUUGUGGUUGAUAACUGUGCGAUUUGCCGGAACCAUAUUAUGGAUCUCUGCAUUGAGUGCCAAGCGAACCAGGCCAGCGCCACGAGCGAGGAAUGUACAGUUGCUUGGGGGGUUUGCAACCAUGCCUUUCAUUUUCACUGCAUCAGCCGAUGGCUCAAAACCCGUCAAGUGUGCCCACUAGAUAACAGCGAGUGGGAGUUUCAGAAGUAUGGUCACUAGAAUCUUCAUGCUGUUGAGCCUCUGUACUCUGUUCUCGCUACGGGGAUGCUAAGAAAGAUCUGGAUUUCCUGUCGUUUUCUAUAAUGCAUUUACUUCUUGUUAAUUUGUGCUGGAGUCUUCCUAUUUUCAAGAAGCAUUUGGGCUGUAUUAAUUUUAGGAGUUUGAUUGGUUACAUACCAAGUCAAAUAUGUGAAUUCCCUAUACUGUUUUUGGUGUUACAAGCCAAACUCUCUCUCUCACACACAUGUUCCAUGUUUCUAUUUCUUGUUUUAAUUAUGGGUGAUUAUGGAUUA